GUGAAAAUGAAAAACAACACGUUGUUUUGUUGUCUCGUUGGCCUAUAAUUUUAAUCAUUUCUCUAAUUCUCUUGUCAAGAAAUUUUUAUCAUAUCAGUUGUCAAGAAUUUUUUUCAAUUAGACGCGUUUUAUCUUCAUUCUUUGUGAACUGUUACUGUUAUUUCUAGUUGACGUAGCUCUUCAAUCCAGUUGAUAUAUCUACUUUGUAUUUGUUAUGAAUUCAAAAGCAUACUACAUUUUAAGACACAAAUAUUUUUAUUUUCCAGCUUUUAAAGAUACAGAGACCUUGAAAAUUGAAAUGGCUGACAGUGAUUUUAAGAGACAAACUGAGGAAAUAGAAGCCAUGCGGGCCAUCUACCCGAAAGAAUGGCGGGUAGAGGAACGUAUAAAGAGGUCAUUUAGCCUACGCUUCUAUUUCCUCACGUUAUAUAUUCGCCUUCCCUUGGAGUAUCCCUCCGUUGCUCCGCCAACGUAUACGUUGUCGGCUCCGGAGCUGAAGCCCAAGGAGAAAGGCGAAUUGGCUAUGAAGCUGGACCAGAUCUACCUCGACAACCUCGGAGAACCUUUGCUCUUUCUGUGGGCGGAAGCUGUCCGGGAAUUCGUGGACAAGAAGCGCCAGCAGUUGUCGUCCGGGGAAGCGCCAUCCACUUCCGGGGGAAGCGGAAGCGACUCGGAUGGCGCAAACGACAAGAGCCGGCAAUUCAAUGUUGUCCACGGAGACAGCAUAACCGACAGGAAGAGCACCUUCCAAGGUCACGGGGCCCUCGUCAAAUCGGUUCAGGACGUCCAAGCGAUCGUGGCCCAGUUGAAGAAGAACCGCAAGAUCAGCAGCGCUAAACACAACGUGGUGGCCUACCGCUUCAAGGGCAGCGGCGCCGUCAUCAUGCAGGACUAUGAUGACGACGGCGAGUCCCAGGCGGGCAAGCGGCUACUCCACAUGCUCCAGGCCAUGAAAGUGGAUGGAGCUGUGGUGGUUGUGACGCGCUGGUACGGCGGUAUCCAACUGGGUCAAGACCGCUUCAAGCACUACAAUGGUGCUGCGAGGAACGUCCUGAAAGAUCUGGGCUUCGCAUAAUCGCUUUAUUAUGCAAUGUUCCAAUGAUACAGUAACCUGUAGCCGCCAUAAAUUGAAAUGGGCGAAAGAGACAUCUUUCAGUGUUACAGGAAGCUGUCUGUAUUCAUCAUAAAUUAAAAUAGCUGAAGUGAUCUUAAGAGACACACCAUAGGACAAGGACCGCUUCACGACUCCGGAUAUUGAGGCAGCAACCAAACUCUUGAAAGACAACAAGAUAUGGAGUGCUGUGGAACAUUAUAUCGACUAUUACCACGAACCUCUACUUUUAAAGACCUGUAUAAAUCAUGUCUCCUGAUAUUGAAGCAGCAACUAAACUCUAUGCUGUGAAACAUCAUAUCGACUAUUACCACGAACCUCUAACCAUAGGACCAGGACCGCUUCACGACUCCGGAUAUUGAGGCAGCAACCAAACUCUUGAAAGACAACAAGAUAUGGAGUGCUGUGGAACAUUAUAUCGACUAUUACCACGAACCUCUACGACAACCUUGGAGCCAUUGCUCUUACUGUGGAAGGAAGUUUUCGGGGAAUUCGGACACGGGGCCCUCGUCAGUCGGUUCAGGACGUCUAACCAUGAAAGUGGAUGGAGCUGUGGUGGUUGUGACACGCUGGUACGGCAUCCAACUGGGUCAAGACCGCUUCAAGCACUACAAUGGUGCUGCGAGGACCGUCCUGAAAGAUCUGGGCUCCGCAUGAUCGCUUCAUUAUGCAAUGUAAAUAUCUCUGUAGUUCAAUUCAUGUAAAUGAUUCAUGGUAAAUAUUAUUAUUACUCUCUAUUGAAAUUUGUAAAUGAUUUUCUUUAGUAGUAUUCUACUUUAUUCUCUGCUGUAUUAUGCUUACUGUUAGGGCCAAGAUUGCUUUAAGCACAUCAAUAGUGCAGCAAGGACUGUCCUGAAAGAUCUGGGCUUCGCAUGAUCAAUGUGUUGCUUUGUGAAUAUCCAUGUUAUUUCAUUGUUAAUUUAUGUAAAUGAUUCAUGCUAAGUACUACUAUUUUAAGUUCGUAAAUUAUUUUUUGUAGUGUUUUACUUUCUUCUCUACUGUAUUAUGCUUACUGUUAGGGCCAAGAUUGCUUUAAGCACAUCAAUAGCACUGCGAGGAUGGUCCUGAAAGAUCUAUCAAUGUAUUGCUAUGUGAAUAUCUAUGUUAUUUCAUUGUUAAUUCAUGUAUAUGAUUCAUGUUGAAUACUACUAUUAUUAUCUGUUAGAAGUCGUAAAUAAUAUAUUUUCUUCAAGUAGUUUUCAAUAUCUUCUCUGUAUGAGCAAUAUCUUAACUGUUAGGACCAAGACUGCGUUUUGCACUUGAAUAGUGCAGCAAAGGCUAUUCUGAAAGACCUGAGGCUCACGUGAUCAAUGAAUUGUUCUUUGAAUAAAUAUGCUAUUCAUUUCCCAAUUCUCUAAAUUACGUUUUGAUUUAUGUUAAAUGUAGUAAUUAUUAUUUGUUAAAAUAGGUAAAUAUAGGCUAAAGGCUAGUUUUAGAAGUUUAAGCACUAUAAUAGUGCUGCAAGCACUGUCCUGAAAUACCUUAUGUUCACAUGCAUCGUUAAUUUAUGUAUGUGUAUCAAUUCAAUAUUAUAUUACCUGCUAAUUUAUGUAUAUGUAACGUGUUAAAUACUUCAGUUUAUUAUUUGUUUUAAAUUGUAAAUAUAUUUUUCCAAGUAGGUAGCUUUUUACUUUCUUCUCUGUAUUAUGCUAACUCUGUUAGGGC